AUGGUUAAUACCGAGAACGAGAAACAGCUAGUCGAAGUAAAUGAUAUACUAAUAGGAGCCAAGGGAUUCCGAUGGCGCGUUUUGAAGUAUCUCGGAAGGGGUUCUUUUGGAGCGGUGGUUCUGGCUGAGAACGUAGACGGCGGCCAGCUGGUGGCUGUAAAGGUGGAGGAUGCUCAUCAGCCCCUGAGAACUUUGAGGCAAGAGGUUCUCGUCUUGGAAGCAAUGAACAGUGCCGGGGCUCAUUACUGUUGUGACCUUUUCGACACGGGACGAAAGGGUGAUAUUUGUAACUGGAUUUCGAUGACGCUGGUCGGCGAAAGUCUGAUGAAGCUGCGCAAAAAGACUCCCAAAAAGCGAUUCUCGUUGCUCACUGCGCUCUACCUUGCUGCCAGCUCGCUGAGAGCGAUCGAAGAACUGCACGAAGUGGGCAGUUCCUACCGUUGUAACUGGCAAAAUGAGGUGUUGCGUUCUAAAGCAGGAAAUUUCAGAUUCAUACAUCGUGAUAUAAAACCUGCCAACUUUUCGAUCGGCAUCGCUCCACAGCAGCGACAACUCUACAUUUUGGAUUUUGGAAUGGCCAGACGAUAUCGAAAGGAGGGUGGUAGGUUUCGAGGAGCUCGUGAUAGUCCAGGCUUCCGAGGUACUCCGAAGUACGCUUCCGUGGCGGCGCUAAAUAUGGAGGAACAAAGCAGGCGGGACGACAUUUACUCAUGGUUUUUUAUGGUCGUUGAAUUCACCUCGGGAAGAAUGCCAUGGAAUGAUCAGCAGUACCAAGUAUAUAUAAGAUUUUGAAU